GUUGUUGUGUGUGGGGCUGAGAGAGUUGAGUCUACUGUCUCUAUAGACUACUACUCUUUUGUCAUUUGUAUACAUUCUGAUUCAUCCCACCGCCAAAAAAGUUAAAAAAAAAGAAAAGGGAAACAGAUUGAAAUAAUUCUCCCAAAACCAACAAAAAGAAAAGUCUACAACCCUUCUCCUCAUUCUUACUUUUCUCCCCCCCACCCCCCUCUAAAUUCUCCAUCAAUCUAUACCCUAAUCCGCUUUUCUCACCCUUUUCUGUGUUCCAAAUCGUUUCUUUCAUCACUGUGGAGCUUUGAUCUGCUCUUAGAUUGGCUCAGUUUUCUUGGUUAUACUGCAGGCCCAGAAGAAGAAUCUUUUUUCUUUGAGGUUUCAAUUUGUGUGAGAGAUGGAAGAGGAAAAGGUGGCUCAAGAGGGAAAGGUCUGUGAGAACCAUUUGACUUCUGCUGCAGCUUUCGUGGAGGGAGGAAUUCAAGAAGCAUGUGACGAUGCUUGCAGUAUAUGCCUUGAAGCUUUUUGUGAUAGUGAUCCUUCGACGUUGACUACUUGCAAGCACGAGUUUCACCUUCAAUGCAUCCUUGAAUGGUGCCAGAGAAGCUCCCAGUGCCCAAUGUGUUGGCAACCCAUCAGUUUGAAGGAUCCAAGCGGCCAGGAGUUGCUUGAAGCGGUGGAGCAUGAGAGGAAUGUGCGUAUGAAUCCACCUAGAAAUACAACUAUAUUUCAUCAUCCAACCUUGGGAGACUUUGAGUUGCAGCAUUUGCCAGUUAGUGCAAGUGAAUCUGAACUUGAAGAGCGCAUUAUUCAGCACUUAGCUGCUGCCGCUGCAAUGGGAAGGGCUCGUCAGCUUGCUAGGAGGGAAGGCCAGAGGAGCAGAUCUUCUGCUCAAGGCCGUCCUCAUUUUUUGGUGUUCUCCACUCAUCCUAAUGGAACUUCUACUACGUCGUCCGCUUCUUCUGUUGCUCAGAGGGAUGGCACUGGGCCCCCUCCUGCAGUUAUGAUAGCUGCCCCAAAUUCUCCAUUUAUUACUGUUGGAGAAGAUUCUGCACAGUUUAUCACACGGCCCUCUUCAGCCCAAGCUGAUCAGCUUACCACUACAGCCUCAGGGUCGAGCCCGGGGACAUAUCAACAGGGAACAUCCUCGAGCAAUAGGAGGUCACCUGCCCAGACUUCCCCUAGUAGUCAAGAUAGAGCUGGACCAUCAGAUCUCCAGUCAUUCUCAGAGUCUCUGAAAUCUCGCCUUAGUGCAUUGUCAACAAGAUACAAAGAGUCAAUAACCAAGAGCACAAGAGGGUGGAAGGAGAGAUUGUUCGCUCGCAACAGUUCAACACCUGAACCCCCAACUGAAGUUCGUCGAGAGGUUGACCCAAAUAUGACUCCCCCUCAAGGAAUUGCUACUGUAUCUCGCAUGAUGGAUCAUCUUGAAAUAGCAGAAGAUGGUAGAGCAGACACACCUACUGCAUCAAGUAAUUCAGGAGAUAGCAGAACUCCAGAUGCUACCGAUCAACAGACCAUAGUGAUGGGUGGCAGGCCUUCACUCAACGAGGAUGACUCACGAGCUCCAUGCCCUGCUGGUCCUGCAUCAAACUAAGUGUCGAUUCAGCAAUUUCAUUGAGUGCAUAGGCUUCCUUUUCUUGGUGAACCACAUCUUUCUGAAGUUGAUGCUCUUUUGACAAUGCUGUCUCUCGUCAGGCUUAUGUCUCCUUAAAUACUCAUUAACCUUAUUGUACGAGAAGUCAGAAUUUGCUGCAAUAAAAGGAAAAUAAUCCUCUAUCGGACUUUGGAACCCAUGUAUAAACGACACAUUAGUUGUAAAUUUUGAUCUGUAACUCCUAACUAUUUAUGGAUGUAUGUUGAACUUGUGCAUGA